AUGGCUGGCUCUAAUCCCAGCGAGUCCAGUUCCGAUCUGGCAGUUCCUGCCACUGGAGAUAAUCAGUCUCCUACCACAGUGACUGAGCCUGGAAUCACGACUACUGUGCCCAUUAUCAGCCAGACUGAUGCUCAAGAUCGUAUUGAGCUUCCCGUUCCUACCCCUGAUAUUCCUACAAAUACCGACAUCAUCCCUCCUCCCUCCUCUCCCGGAGUAUGGACCCAUCGUCCCGACCUAACUCCCACCGAGAACAUCUCUAACGCAUGGAGAUCGGUAAUGUCAUGGGAGAAUGACGAGCUUCCAAUCUCCGGCGUACGAGACAUGCGGCUCGCGACCGCUGGGCAGUUUGCCCAGUGCCAGGCGAUCAUCCAACAACUGUCAGACUGGCAGGUGCGCCUACGUGAACUUCGCACCGUCUUCGAUGAAAGGCUGCAACAGGCCGAGCGAGAACUGGCCGAAGCACAGCAGAUCUUCCAGGAUUUUAUUUAUCCUCCUGGGUCGAUGACCGAAGACAGCAUGACUCAAAGUGACGAGUUCAUGCAGGUUGUGAUAUGCCACACGGCACAUGAUAAUGCCCGGGACGACAGGAGGGCAGUCGAUGACUUCGAAAACGUAAUCGCGGAGCAUCUAGCUGACUUUACGGCUCUGAGCGCGGACUAUCUUGCUCGCCACUGA